GUCAUCAGCCGUACGCCGCCCGCUGUGGAGGAAUGUGCGGAAACUUCUGCUGCACUUUUUCUUUCUGCGCUGUUCGUCGAAGAAAAAAGUCCCGAAGCUGUAAAAGAAAGUGACGAAAACUCUCGCAAAGUUCGGCGGCGAAGAGUCGCUUCUCGUCCUGUGGAGGUGAACAUCUGAACUCAACAUGGCUGCUCAGACCGUGUUCUCUGUGGGGAUGUUUCCCGUGGGCGUGUCUCUGAUGGAGGACGCUCAGAGUCUCAACGAGAUGAAUGCCCCUCAGCUGGUGAUGCUCGCCAACAUGGCAGCCGUGACUUCAGCGGAGAGCAGCGGUGUAGAUGGGAGCGCGGGAGAUGAAAAGGAGAUGAUGGAGCUGAAGACGGUGGGAUGCAGCUACUCCGACAGCGAGGACGAGAACAUCAUCAGGUACAGCUUUGACAACCAGAACCACAGGGAGGUGUGCAUCAUCGAGUACCCUGAGUCUCCGGGCCCGAGUAUUGAGGCUGUGGUUUUGGAAAACCCUGUGGAGGAAGAGGAAGAGGAGGAUGAUGAUGGGAACAAAGCUGAAGACCUGUCCCAUCGCAGUCGGCUCUGCCCCUCUCCCACCGCCAAAACACCAGAGCAGGUCAUCAAAUGCAAAGUCAGCCCUGCCCCUGCGACAGAGAGCAGCAAGAAAAAGAAACCGUUUCACUGUAAGCCGUGUCACUUCCAGGCUCAGAACGAGCGCGAGUUUGUCGAGCACCUGGGCACGCACGGCGUCAGCAAGAUGAUGGUAGUGAACCGCGUGGAGGGGCGGAGCAAGAACAAGUCCAAGGAGGUAGAAUCACCUGGGGCCCAGGAUCUGUCAGGAGGGGAGGCGGAGAGCAGCGGGGAGGCGGGGACAACAGGCGACAUCAAAGGCCUAAUCAGGUGUGAACGGUGCGGAUACAACACCAACAGAUACGACCACUACAUCGCUCACCUGAAGCACCACAGCAAGGAGGGCGUGAACCACAGAGUGUUUAAGUGCACGCUGUGUCCGUACACCACCGUCAGCCAGUACCACUGGAGGAAACAUCUGAGGAACCACUUCCCCAGCAAACUGCACACCUGCAGCCAGUGCUCCUACUUCUCUGACCGCAAAAGCAACUACAUUCAACACAUCAGGACGCACACAGGUUUGCGCCCCUUUCAGUGUCUGUACUGCGACUACUCCAGUUCUCAGAAGACUCACCUGACCCGGCACAUGAGGACUCACUCAGGUGAGCGUCCCUUCAAGUGUGAGAGCUGUGACUACCUGGCAGCCAAUCAGCACGAGGUGACUCGACACACCCGCCAGGUCCACAACGGCCCUAAACCCCUCUCCUGCCCGUACUGUGAGUACAAGACAGCCGACCGCAGCAACUUCAAGAAGCACGUCGAGCUCCACCUGAACCCUCGCCAGUUCCUCUGCCCGCUCUGCAAAUACGCUGCCUCCAAGAAGUGCAACCUGCAGUACCACAUCAAGUCCAGACACUCAGGCUGUGACGUGUCUGUGGACAUCUCCAAGGUCAAACUGCGGGUCAAGAAACCAGGUCAUGACAGUCCAGAGGAAACCCCCAGAGCAAACAAGGUAGACAAUUCCUCCAGCGCAGAUGAGGACUUUGACAUGGACGAGGAUGACGAGGAGGAGGAAAUGGACUCGAGCCCCAUCAACCUGUCCAUCAGGAUAAGCAGCCCACCCAAAAACAGCCAAUCAGAGCAGAGUGAAGCUCCUGAGAAGGCCUCAAAGAAAUCCAACAUGACUGCUGAGAGAGAGAAAGUACAGAAAUUGAAGGAACCUGAUAGAAAGGUCACAACGAGGCAGAAGAAGACCGAGAACCUUCUGGAAAACCUGACGGAUAAAGAAACACAGACAGGAACACCUUCCGACAACAAGACCAAGAGACGAGUCAAGAAGACGACCACCUCAAAGGACCAAACGCCUGAAAAAGACCAAACACAGACAAAGAAUUCUGAGGAGGGCGGAGCAGUGAGAAAGAAGACGGACAAAGACGACGAGGAGACGAAGCCUGUAAAAGAGAAAGAACCACAAAAGAAUGACAGCAGCGGAAAGGAGAACAAAAACCUCAGCAAGCCAAGGAAGUCUGGAACAAAGAAGGUCUACAAAAUACCAGAACAUGUCGAAGAAGCUCAGCAGAACCCCGACAGUCCUAAUAAAAUUAAAAAAGAGAAAGGUGUGAAGGAGAAGGCUUCGAAGAGGAAAGCUAUGGAGGCUCUCGAUCUUUCCAAAAAGGCUGAGGCUGAGACUUCAUUGAAGGCCAAACGUGUGAAGAGCACAGCUGCUGAGAAACGGCCGAUUAACACCGCUGAAGAGGACAAGAAGAAGACAGAUGGAGAGGACAAGAAGAAGAAGACAGACAGAGAGGACACAAAGAAGACGAAUGAAGUAACCUCAAAGAGGACAGACGGAGAUGACACAAAGAAGACAGACGGAGACCCCCGUACACUCCACACAUCCACCAGGAAAACCCCAAACAAGCAGAAAAGGACCAGGAACACUAAGAGAGCUGCAGACCUUCAACAAGCUGUGGAAACAGAGAAAGACGAGGACACAACGGUCAAAGGUCAGAUCACAGACAUGCUGGAAGGUUCUGCUCAGCCAGACGACCCAUCAAAGACCACGACCUCUGAACCCCACCCAUCAGAAAGCACGUCCUCUGAACGCCACCCUACAGGAUCCAGCCCUGCUCAGGAGAAUAAACCCACACAAACAGCACAAGAAGAGACUGCAGACACACCCUUAGUGAAAAUGGAGGUCUUACCUUCCUGCAGCUCAGGCGAGGACACACCUCCUCCAGCUAAGGACCCCCCCACUCCGACCUUCAUCAAACCCAUGUCACCGCCACCUCUGGUGCUUCCAGGACAACGCAACAAACCUGCGGACCCCGAGGAUGACGAGGGCAUCCACAGCAGCCACGAAGGAGGAAGUGACAUCAGCGACAGUGCCUCUGAGGGCAGCGACGACUCCGGCCUCAACAGCACCGGCGCCAACUCAGGGAAGAUGGCCAACGACCCAGAAACGCCGACUGACGAGAUCCCCACACCCACAGAGCUGAAGAGUCACAUGUGCAUCUUCUGCGACCGCACGUUCCCUCUGGAGGUGGAGUACCGACGCCACCUGAACCGUCACCUGGUCAAUGUCUACUACAUGGACCAACCAGCCAAAGCACAGAAGUGAGGACACAUUUCCAUUGCAACGUCCUACAUUGACUUUUUGUUCUGGACUUUUCAAACAGAAACUUUAUAUCUCAUAGAGAUCAACUGUUAAACAUUUAGUGCCUCAAAAGAAAGUGAAGAUUUGAGUGAAUGGAUUCCUUUUUGGAGAGAGAAACCCUUUAAAUCUCACUAGUAGAUUCUAUGAAAGACUCCACAUCUGGGAGCCUCAAAGCUUCCCAACUUUUUGCAGCAUUAAUUAAGAUCAUCUUUAUCCCAAGGAUCCAACCCAACCACAAUCUGUCUUAGUCCUGUAUUCAUCUUAGACGAAGUGGCCUUGUUUUUUAUCAUUACUAAACUGCUUUGUUGAGGAGUCCUUGGGGAAUCAAAGUCUUGGCUCAGAUAUACCCUGUUAAAAUGUGUAGAACUACGCCUCUCAUGCUACUAUCUAGUGGUGAGACAGAGAACUUUCUCUGUAAGGGACCUCUGGGGUAUUUUCUUUGGGGUUGUGUUUGCUGCUUGGACUCCAGUAAACCUGAUCCCAGGUCUACAUUAGACCUAAUCUGCUUCACUCAGUGAUCUAAUGGGAUCAAACUCUUCACAAGCAAUCGUGUAGUUUAAACUGUACCUUGAUCCGAUGACGUUCCAGUCACCUGCAGCUUUGUUAGUCUGAUCAUUUCUACACAUGAUUUGUUGGUUUUUGUCAUGAAUAUUUCAGGAUAUUUUCAGCAUGUUUUCAUAUUUCUGAAAGAUUAAAUCACACAAACAUUUCUCUGUUACACUUUAUACUGAACUGUUUGUAGAUCAGCUUCUGUUCAAAUGUUCUUUCUCUGAUAAAUUUUUUUUUUUUUUUUUUUUUUUUUUUUAAGUGCCUUUGACAAUCAUUGUGUGAACAGUCAUCGUUUGUGUUUAAACUGAUGUUUGUGUGUCUGAUCCAAAGAUCUGACGCUGUGUUUGGUUUCUUUUGGGUCUGAAAAUCAGACUUCAGCUCAGAGAUCCUUCAACUUUUAUUCCUGAUGGAUUAAUAAAGAUUAACAUCGGUUUAUUUCAUUUUUGUAAAAAAAAAAAAAAAGACAGUAAAUUAGAAACACAGCAGUCCUGAUUUUAAACCAGAGGAGGAUAAAAAAAGAUUGUAUUAAUCUGUAUCUGGCCUUAAAUAAACUGUUUUAGUUCAAUCUUUAUGUGCAAUAAUCUCUGUAGAUGAGAAACCAAAGAGAGCGAGCAGCUGGAGCUCUUUUUCUGUCCGAUCUGUUUCUAUCAACGACUGUUCAAAUGUAAAUAAAACUUUGAGUUAUUAGAGGAUGUCUAGUCAUAGUGCCAGCCAUUAACUGUUUGAUAACACUACUGUGGAUACUCCUAUUCUCCAAUACUGUGUUAAUGUGUAGUACUGUUUAUUAUUGUGUAUGGUUGUCAAUAUUUCAGUACUUAAAGAUGCUUAAGUUACACUUCUGACUCUUACGAACAAAGAGCAUUGGGUUUUUUUUUUGGUUUAGACGGUGUGCAGGAGUAACCCAAUAUUGGGUGUCUUGAACUUUUGUUUUGGUUGCCGUGGUAUCAAUGGGGUAUGGAUAUAGUUUGAUUUUUACUAGAAUCAUAUCAGAGGUUAAAAUACUGGUAUUAUGACAACCCUUUUGUGUAUUCUUUGUAUGUGUAAUCAGCUGUAGUGGCAUAAACUAGCUGAACAUUGAAGGAUAAACUGGUGUUGAUCAAUUUUUUUCUCUCAACUUUCUUUGGGGUAACUAAAACCAAAGACAGCCCUUUUAUUUAAAUUCUUAAAUUGGUUGACGUGUAUUCAUAAAAAUAAUUGGUUAUAAAUUAAUUUUCUGUUAUCCACUUUAUUAGGUCAACUCAUUAUUUUCACUUGAAAGCCCAAAAUAAAUAUACUUACAAAUAAAAGUAUCAUACUUUCCGUUCUUUAUAUCCCAGUGGAAACAGACUAUGAUCAGAUGAAUUAAAUAAUUCUCCCCCUGAUAUUACCGAGGAUCAGUUCAAUGUUUCCUCCUGUACAGAUUUAAACAUUUCUCUCCUGUCUGGUUGUGUGUGCUGUAUAUUAUCUGUCUGUAAACUUCAUUUUCACGUUUUUUCCACACUAACAGAGUUCAGUUUAAUCUGCAUCAUGUUAUUUUGUUCUUUUUUAAAUAAAGAUUCAUCACCUGGUA